CUGGACCUGGACCUGGACCCAGCUCUGCAUCUAUGAAGAACAACUGGAUCCAGCAGCAGAGACCAGACUCCCCUGACCCCAGCUCUCUGUCUUUAAAGAGCGACUGGUCGAAGGAUAUUUUUACUGAUUUUAAACGACACCAUUUACCUGUCAACAAGAUUCAUCAGAGACCAGACUCUGUUGGACCUGAACCCAGCUGUGUGUCCUUCAACAGUGCGUGGUCAAAGGAUAUUUUUACAGAUUUUAAACAACAACAUUUAUCUGACAGUGGAGUGCACCAGGAGAGCUCAGAGGUUCCCAGUGGUCAGUCUGCCCAGCAGCAUCAAACACACCUGGACUCCAUAUUUAUGCUGAUGGAGGAGAACAUUGGCACUUUUGUGAAGAACGAGUUGAAAAAAAUCAAGAGGGUUCUGAGUCAAGAUUACCCAGAAUGCUUAGAGAGUCAGGGGGAGGAUGAGGAGGUGUUGGGCGAUGAGGAUGAAGAGCAGAGGAGGAGCAGCAGAGAGGCAUUUCUGAAGAUCACAGUGAACUUCCUGAGGAGACUGAAGCAGGAGGAGCUGGCUGACUGUCUGCAGAGCAAAUCUCCUGUUAUGUGCCAACCUAGACUCAAAUCUAAUUUGAGGAAGAAGUUCCAGUGUGUGUUUGAGGGGAUUGGUAAAGCAGGAAACCUAACCCCUCUGAAUCAGAUCUACACAGAGCUCUACAUCACAGAGGGAGGGACUGGACAGGUCAAUGAUGAACAUGAGAUCAGACAGAUUGAAACAGCGUCCAGGAAACCAGAUAGACCAGAAACGACCAUCAGACAAGAAGACAUAUUUAAAGCCUCACCUGGAAGAGAUGGACCAAUCAGAACAGUGAUGACAAAGGGAGUAGCUGGCAUUGGGAAAACAUUCUUAACGCAGAAGUUCACUCUGGACUGGGCUGAAGACAAAGCCAACCAGGACAUACAGUUCACAUUUCCAUUCACUUUCAGAGAGCUGAAUGUGCUGAAAGAGAAAAGGUUCAGCUUGGUGGAACUUGUUCAUCACUUCUUUACUGAGACCAAAGAAGCAGGAAUCUGCAGGUUUGAACAGUUCCAGGUUGUGUUCAUCUUUGACGGACUGGAUGAGUGUCGACUUCCUCUGGACUUCCACAACACUGAGAUCCUGACUGAUGUUACAGAGUCCACCUCAGUGGACGUGCUGCUGACAAACCUCAUCAGGGGGAAACUGCUUCCCUCCGCUCACCUCUGGAUAACCACACGACCUGCAGCAGCCAAUCAGAUCCAUCCCGAGUGUGUUGACAUGGUGACAGAGGUCAGAGGGUUCACUGACCCACAGAAGGAGGAGUACUUCAGGAAGAGGUUCACAGAUGAGGAGCAGGCCAGCAGGAUCAUCUCCCACAUCAAGACAUCACGAAGCCUCCACAUCAUGUGCCACAUCCCAAUCUUCUGCUGGAUCACUGCUACAGUUCUGGAUGAUGUGUUGAAAACCAGAGAAGAAGGACAGCUGCCCAAGACCCUGACUGAGCUGUACAUCCACUUCCUGGUGGUUCAGACCAAAGUGAAGAACAUCAAGUAUGAUGGAGGAGCUGAGACAGAUCCACACUGGAGUCCAGAGACCAGGGAGAUGAUUGAGUCUCUGGGAAAACUGGCUUUUGAGCAGCUGCAGAAAGGAAACCUGAUCUUCUAUGAAUCAGACCUGACAGAGUGUGGCAUCGAUAUCAGAGCAGCCUCAGUGUACUCAGGAGUGUUCACACAGAUCUUUAAAGAGGAGAGAGGCCUGUACCAGGAAAAGGUGUUCUGCUUCGUCCAUCUGAGUGUUCAGGAGUUUCUGGCUGCUCUUCAUGUUCAUCUGACCUUCAUCAACUCUGGAGUCAAUCUGCUAUCGGAAGAACAAACAACCUCCCAGACGUCUGAAACAAAACAAGACAAAUCCGCAGAGACAAACUUCUACCAAAGCGCUGUGGACGAGGCCUUACAGAGUCCAAAUGGACACCUGGACUUGUUCCUCCGUUUCCUCCUGGGUCUCUCACUUCAGACCAACCAGACACUCCUACAAGGCCUGUUGACACAGACAGGAAGUGGUUCACUGACCAAUCAGGAAACAGUCCUCUACAUCAAGAAGAAGAUCAAAGAGACUUCCUCUGCAGAGAAAACCAUCAACCUGUUCCACUGUCUGAAUGAACUGAAUGACCAUUCUCUAGUGGAGCAGAUCCAACAGUACCUGAGUUCAGGAAGUCUCUCCUCAGAAAAACUGUCUCCUGCUCAGUUGUCAGCUCUGGUCUUCAUCUUACUGUCGUCAGAAAAAAAUCUUGAUGUGUUUGACCUGAAGAAAUACUCUGCUUCGGAGGAGGCUCUUCUGAGGCUGCUGCCAGUGGUCAGAACAUCCAAGACAGUUCUGUUGAGUGGCUGUAACCUCUCAGAGAGAAGCUGUGAAGCUCUGUCCUCAGUUCUCAGCUCAGAGUCCUCUAGUCUGAGAGAGCUGGACAUGAGUAACAACAACCUAAACGAUUCAGGAGUGAAGCUGCUUUCUGCUGGACUGGAGAGUCAUCACUGCUCACUGAAAACUCUCAGGCUGUCAGGCUGUCUGGUCACAGAGGAAGGCUGUGCUUCUCUGGCUUCAGCUCUGAGCUCCAACCCCUCCCACCUGAGAGAGCUGGACCUGAGAUACAAUCAUCCAGGAGACUCAGGAAUGAAGCUGUUGUCUGCUGGACUUGAGGAUCCAUACUCAAGACUGGACACUCUCAGGUAUGGAGAGGCCUCCUGCAGCCGCAGACAUUGUAGAGAGUAUGGUGUUACUGAUGUGGAUGUGAACUCAGGCAGCCAUGGAUCAGUUGUGAGGACAGAAGAGGAGGGAGCCCCUCCCUCUAAACCACAUCUGUGUGGGGAACAUGAGAGUCAGACCAGAGCUCAAGCGCCAGCAGCAGCAGCAACUACACCAAUGACUCGAUGCUGGAGCCGUGGAGGACUGGACAAUGGACUGGACCAGCUCUGCGAUGGCUAUGACGAACAACUGUUUCUGGAUGAUGUGUUGAAAACCCGAGAAGAAGGACAGCUGCCCAAGACCCUGACUGAGCUGUACAUCCACUUCCUGGUGGUUCAGACCAAAGUGAAGAACAUCAAGUAUGAUGGAGGAGCUGAGACAGAUCCACACUGGAGUCCAGAGACCCAGGGAGAUGAUUGA